AUGAACGUGAGCCAUGGAUCGGUUCACCCAGUUGAAGAUGUACCCACUACAGACGGCGCCGUUCCCCACCCGCUCCGGGUUCGAAUGAAGGACCUUCCGGGCAUGCCCGGCACCCACGGCGGCCUUGCCUUGCGCCUCUCCCAGCUCUUCUUCUCCGCCGCCGCGCUUGUAGUCAUGACCACCACCUCUGAUUUCCCCUCAGUCACAGCCUUUUGCUACCUUGUUGCAGCUGCUGGAUUGCAGUGUUUGUGGAGCUGCUCGUUGGCCAUUGUUGACGUUUAUGCCCUUCUAGUUAGGCGGACUUUGCAGAACCAUCGAGUUGUGUGCUUGUUCACCCUUGGUGAUGGGAUGACAUCCACUCUUACGUUUGCUGCAGCUUGUGCUUCCGCAGGGAUCACAGUUCUUAUAGACAAUGAUCUUGAUAGCUGUGCCCACAACCAUUGUGCACAGUUUGAAACAGCUACAGCCAUGGCCUUCAUAUCCUGGUUCACCGCAUUACCAUCUUUUCUCUUGAAUUUCUGGUCACUGGCAUCUCGAUGA